AUGCAGAACAGUUGGAAUGGCAACGCCGCGAAUAAUAUUGGCUCGAAAGCGAAAGAGUCCGAGUGGGUAGACCACGUGGCUCCGAAUGGCAAGACAUAUUAUUACAACACGAGGACGAAGCAAAGUCUUUGGGAGAAGCCCCCGGAGUUGAUGACUCCCGGGGAGCGGCAGCUGGCCAAAUGCCCCUGGAAAUCACACAAGAAUCAAGACGGCAAGGUGUACUACUACAACUCAAUAACGAAAGCGUCGAGCUGGGAUGAGCCGGACGAGCUGAAAAAGGCGAAAAAAGAGGCGGCGGAGAUCGACGCCCAAAACAGCGCCCAAAAUCCAAACGCGAUGAAUCCAAUGAUGAUGAUGCAGAUGAUGACGAUGCUCAUGUCACAGCAAAAACAAGGCAAAGAGAAGAAAAAAGAGUUCAAGAAGAAACAGGAGAUCGUGGAAAAGCCCAAGUACGAGACAAAAGAAGAAGCAAAAGAAGCAUUCAAGCAGUUACUCCGCGACAAGUUGAUCCCAUCCAGCGCGAACUGGGAAUCGGCGAUGAAGCAAAUCAUCAACGACCCGCGUUACGAAGCACUGGCGAAGCUCUCCGAGAAGAAACAGUGUUUCAAUGAGUACAAAACCCAACGAGGCGUUGAGGAGAAAGAAGAAGAACGCCAAAAGGCAAAGGAGAACAAAGACAAACUCAUCAAGUUCCUCGAAACGCAUCCGAAGAUGACCUCGCAGAUCCGAUACAGACAAGCAGAGGAGAUGUACAGGACACUCUCAAUCUGGCAAAACGUGCCGGACCGGGACCGCCGCGAUCUCUACGACGAUCUAGUUGUCACUUUGGCGAAGCAGGAAAAGGAAAACACGCGCAACAUGCGAAAAAACAACAUGCGUAAGCUUACCCAAGUGCUUCAUGAUUUGGAAGGGUUAAGUCAUAAAACAAUGUGGAAGGAGGCUCAGGAGCUCCUGUACGACUGCGAUGAGUUCUCAAAUGACAAGGAGCUGCAAAACAUGGACAAGGAGGACGCUCUAGUGUGCUUCGAGCAAGUUAUAAAAGAACUGGAAAUCGAGUACGACGAGGAACGCGACAGAAAGCGCGUUUUGGAGAAACGGAUGUUCCGCAAAAACCGGGAACGCUUCAUCGGCUACUUGAAGCAGCUAAAUGAACAGGGCCAUCUCCAUUCGUUGGCGCACUUUUGCGAGUUGUACCCGCGCUUCGUCACUGAUAAGCGCUUCACGGAUAUGCUUGGGCAGCCUGGCUCGACGCCGCUCGACCUCUUCAAGUUUUAUGUGCACGAGAUAAGGGAAAAACUCCCGGCCGAGAAGAAACUCGUCCAGGAGUGUCUCAAAGAGCAGGACCAAAAUUUCACCGAAAAAUCAACUUACGAUGAAUUCACCGCUGCCGUCAAAGACAUCCGAGAAAAAAUCGACGCCGGUAACUUGCGCAUGAUUUUCGCCUGGCUGCAAGAAAAGGCAGAAAGGAUAGCCCAGAAGCAGGGCGGCAAAACGUACAAAAAGGAACAGGCUCUGAAGAAGAAGCUUCAGGACGACGGUCUGAUCGGCAAGCGCUGGGAAGAACACAAAAAAGACGUGCUCGAGCUGGACGAGGCUGAUGGACUCACCGAAGAAGUUGUUCAGGGAAUAUUUAACGGAUACGAUUCGGUCGAGUCGGACACCGAGUUCCCCAAAGCGCCGCCCAAGAAAGCAGAUCCUACUCCUAUUUUCAUCGACUCCGGAGAAGACGUAAUCUCACUGGCCUCGUCUGGCUCGCCCGAGAAAAAGACGUCGCCGAAGAAGGACAGAAGCACUCGCAAAAGAGAAACCAGGAGUGUUUCGUCCGAAUCUUCGCCAAGGAAGCGGAAGCGCUCGCGGAGCUCCUCAGAUGAGCGCCGCUCAAAGAAGAAAAAAGAGAAAAGGGAGAAAAAAGAGCGAAAGCGCGAAAACAAAGAAAAAAAACACAAACGCGAAAGAUCAUACGACGAGGACUCGGAACGGAGGAACAACUACAACUCGGACGAAAAUGAGGAAGAAGAAAAAGAAGUGGCUCUCUCGUCGCCGCAGCCGAAGAGAAGGGUCGAAAUCAGAAGGGUUCUUGAGCCAGAAGAUCACUCCGACAAUGACACCUCGAAGAAAAAGAAAUCGAAGAAGGAAAAGAAGAAAAAAGAGAAGAAGGAGAAAAAAUCCAGAAGACGAAAUUACUCGAGCUAUUCUGACUGA